CGCUGUUGCUCGUAAGCUAUUCGAUGAAAUGCUUGAGAGGAAUGAGAUUGGAACCAUGAAUUCUAGUGCUGGAUCCACUAAUGAUGCACAAUAUGUAGUGCUAUCGAAUAUUUAUGCUGCUUCAGAAAAAUGGGAAGAAGCAGAGAGGAUAAGGAGGAGAAUGGUGGAAAAUGGAAUACAAAAAAUGUGUGGUUGCAGUUCGAUCAUGAAAGGUGCAUUGUGAGACCGUUACUGAUGGGAGUGCCAGUGACACUCUGGAGCCAUGGAAAUUUAAGGUUUCAUAUGACAAGUUGGUCAUUGCAUCCGGAGCAGAGGCCUCGACCUUUGGUAUACGUGGUGUAAGAGAGCAUGCGGUCUUUCUCCGUGAGGUUCACCAUGCCCAAGAGAUUCGGAGGAAGCUCCUUCUCAAUCUGAUGCUGUCUGAUGUGCCCGGCAUAUCAGAAGAAGAAAAGAGGAGACUGUUGCACUGUGUUGUUAUUGGAGGUGGUCCAACCGGUGUUGAGUUCAGUGGUGAAAUUAGUGAUUUCAUCAUUGGAGAUGUUCAUCAACGUUACUCCCAUGUUAAAGACUAUAUCUGUGUGACCCUAAUUGAGGCAAAUGAAAUUUUAUCAUCUUUCGAUGUUCGACUCAGAACAUAUGCUACAAAACAACUCACUAAGAUAAAUGAAGUUCGAAGGAUGAAUGGUCCAUUGUCGGAAGCACUGCCAGACUUCUAUUCAGAUGCUUCAAUAUCAAGGUACCUCCGGUCAAGAAACUGGAAUGCAGAAAAGGCAAGUAAAAUGCUGAAAGAGACUGUGAAAUGGAGAUUGAAAUACAAGCCAGAAGCCAUUCGCUGGGAAGAUGUUGCCCAUGAAGCUGCUACCGGAAAGAUUUACCGGGCUGAUUACUCUGACAAAUAUGGAAGAUCUGUUCUUGUUAUGAGGCCUGGAUUUCAGAAGGAAGGGAAGCUCUCGUCAACUGAGUCUGCAGUGAGGAAGGCAGAGGAUGUGGUGAGCAGCAUGCUGGCCAAGGGUUUUGUCCUGAGCAAGGAUGCCCUCAAGAGAGCCAGGUCCUUUGACGAACGGCACCAUUUUAUGUCCGGCGCCUCAGCUAUGGCUUUAGUCCCCUGGAGGAUCUCACUGGAAUUAUUGGGCAAUCAUCAUCCUCUUCUACCUCUACAAGUCAAGCUCCAGAGCUGUACUCGCGUGAAGACCUUCUAGGUAUUUUUGAGCACUAAAA